AAAGCCGCGUGUCAAAGCCCGUUGACGUCAUCAUGGACUUUUUACACUUGUGCUCGGAACUCGCUCGCUCAGUUGGACGGUGGGUGCGUGCAGGGAUGUCGCGGUCGGGUGCAGGAUGUGGCGUGUGCGCGCGGAACACUGCGCACUCCGUAUAGGAGCACAUGAACGGCGUUUUUGGGCUGGAUCCAUGUCAGGCAACUCGCCCGGGAUGAGUUGGCUCCUUUUGUGGAUUAUAACUGCAGUCGUGAUUCAACAGACGUCCUCCCAGCAGAAUGCCACCGCUGUGCCCGCGGCGCUCACGUCGCCGUCGGCCGAACCCUACACCCCCGUGCGCUACUGCCACUGGCCUUGCGAGUGUCCCGCCCGGCCGACCGCCUGCCCGCCGGGCGUCAGCCUGCUGAUGGACGGCUGCGGCUGCUGCAAGGCCUGCGCCCGGCAGGUGGGCGAGGUGUGCAAUGAGGCCGACACCUGCGACCACCACAGGGGGCUCUACUGUGACUACAGCUCGGACAAGCCCAGGUACGAAAAGGGCUUGUGUGCAUACACGACGGGCACCGGCUGUGAGCACGACGGCGUCAUUUACCGCAACGGGCAGAGCUUCCAGCCCAGCUGCAAGUACCAGUGCGUGUGCGUCAACGGCGCCAUCGGCUGCGUGCCGCUCUGCACCCAGUCCAAGCCGCCGCGCGUCUGGUGCCAGAACCCGCGCCGCGUCAAGGUGCCGGGACGCUGCUGCGAGGAGUGGAUCUGCGACGAGCCCAAGAGGGGACGCAAGACGGCGCCCAGGCACGCCGUGGAGUCGAACAUGGAUGAAAACAACAGAGCUGCACACGCGCUAGGCAAUAUGGCGCCCCCCGCUGAGCUGAGCAGCUGGCACAAGAACUGCGUCACCCAGACCACGUCUUGGAGUCCCUGCUCCAGGACGUGCGGGCGCGGUCUGUCUCUGCGUGUCUCCAAUGCCAACCGGCGCUGCGAGUUGGUCAAGGAGUCGCGCCUGUGUACCCUGCGGCCGUGCGACAUCGACAUCACCAAGCACAUCAAGGUGGGCAAGAAGUGCUUGAACGUGUACCGCGAGGAGCGUGCGUCCAACAUGAGCAUCUCGGGCUGCACCAGCACCAAGCAGUACCGGCCCAAGUUCUGCGGCGUGUGCACGGACGACCGCUGCUGCAUUCCGUACAAAUCUAAGACGGUGAAUGUGGACUUUGUGUGCCCGGACGGCUCGGCUGUGUCGUGGAAGGUGAUGUGGGUACAGGCUUGCUUUUGCAACCUCAGCUGCAAGAACCCCAACGACAUCUUUGCCGAGCUGGAGAAUUACUACGGGUACCCCGAGGUCAGCAACUAAUUAAGCCCCGCCCCGCUCCGCUGAUGCCUUGCAAAAGGGACUUGAGAAGUUGUUACAAAAAGUGGCAAAAUAGAUGGAUGGAUGGAUGGCCGCACUUUCAUGUCAGUGUCAGCUCUUUUUUUGCACCCUCAAUCAGACAAGGGGAAAAAAAAAAAAAAAAAACUGAUAUAAUGCUGAAGGAUGCAUUAGACUUUAAUUUUGUCAUUUACAGGCCUUGGAAAUGCCCCCCUAAAAAAACAUGGAAAAAAUAAACAACUGCAUGAUAUUUAUAAUGAUGACUGAUGCAUUAGACUUUAAUUUUGUCAUUUUUCAAAUCGUAAAAAUUGACAGGCCUUGGAAAUGCCCAAAAAAAACACGAACCAGUACAUUUGACUUUAAUGGCCGUUUUAAAAUACUCUCUCUACAUUGUUCCUUAAUACAGUUGGCACAUUUCAUUUUUGAAAUGUCAAAUACAGGUCCAGAAAGUAAAAAGCCUGCCACAGUUUGCCUUUAGCCACAGGUGCUUCUCAUCAACCGGCAGCUAAAUGACCUCCGAGAGUUUGCUCACGUCAAGCAAGUCUUCUGUUAAAGUUCUGCUGAAGUAAGUGUGAACCUGCUAAAGUUCACCAAGUAAGUGUCUGGUUUGGUUUGUUGACGUUGCAGAUGUGGCUCAGCAAUCGUGACAAACUGAACAAUGGACACCCUUUAGAAUUGGACCCCAAAAUAGAGAGCUUUUGUUGUUGUUCCUGCUGCUGUUGUUUUAAAAAAAAAUAUAUAUAUAUAUAUAUAUAUAUAUAUGCAAAGCAGAAAAAAGACGACACACUAAGCUCAUCUGAGUUACACAGUCAUUUUUUAAUGUCAUUUUUUUCUUAAUAAAUACAAACUGUUAUGCCGCUCGAGCAGCAGCAUCUUUACACAGCUCCUACAAAAGCAAACGUUUGCCAACGUAGUGCAAGUGGCAAGUCAGAGCGACAGAGCAUGACGCCGUUAUUAAUGACAACAAAAUGACAAGCCGCAGAAAUGUCAACGACUACAUGGCAACGCUUUGUUCCCUUGUGCUUGAUUGUAUUGAAAAAAAAA